AUGGCGACCGCAGACAACACCGUCCCCAGGAAGAAGUGGUGGAAGAUCCAGUGGUACUCGGACGACGACACUCCCGAAGAGCGCAAGUUCAUCAUCAAACUCGAUCUCAUCGUCGUUCCCUACGCAGUUCUGGCGUACUGGGUCAAGUAUAUCGACAAUGCCUACGUCGGAGGAAUGAAAGAGGAGCUCGGCUUCAAAGGGAACGAGCUCGUCGAACUCCAGACAAUGUACACAGUCGGCGCAGUUGUUGGCAUGGUGCCCUUCAUGUUCUUGUUCACCUAUAUCCCCAUGUACUGGACUAUCCCCGCCAUGGAUAUCCUUUGGGGUCUCUUCACACUGCUGCAAUACCGAGCACACUCUUUCGGGGAGCUGGCGGCGUAUCGAUUCAUGGUCGGCUUCUUUGAAAAAAAGUCGAAUGCUGACCUCAACACAGGCUCCUGGUACCGAGGGCACGAAAUCGCACGACGAGGCGGCAUCUUUUACACUGGACUCAACCUCGGAACCUUGACAGCAGGCCUCAUCGCAGCUGGAGCAUCACACCGCCUCGAAGGCGUCAACGGGAUGGCUGGCUGGCGCUGGAUGUACAUCAUCUGCGCAAUAAUCACUAUCCCCGUCGGCAUUCUCGGAUACUUCCUCCUCCCAGGCACCGUGGAGCAACCAAACCGCUGGAUUCUCAAUGACCACGACAUCAAGAUUGCAAAAUCACGCUUGGAACGCGGCGGACACGUCACCCGCGGCAAGUUCAAGCUCGGACACCUCAAGCAGAUCUUCCUCAGCCCGCAGUUCUGGACCGUUGUGCUCGUCGACGUGCUGUUCUGGAACGCCGGUAUCCACAAGAGCACAGGCAGCUUUCUACUUUGGAUUAAGAGCUUGGGUCGCUACAGUCCGGCGCAGGUCAAUGAGAUGGGGACUAUCGCGCCAGCUUUGGGAAUCCUAUACAACAUCGUGGCGUGCUUCCUUUCUGACUUGGUGCUUGGCCCCGCAUGGGCCAUUACAUUCUCCUCGUUGUGGAAUGUCACAGGCUUGAUUAUGCUCGUCGUCUGGGAUGUGCCUGAGGGUGCCAAGUGGUUCGCCUUCUCGACGAUGUACUGGUCCAACGCACUCUCCAGUGUCCUCCACGGCUGGGUCAACACCAUCCUCAGAGACUCUCCGGAACAACGGUCAUUUACCCUCGUCAUGAUUACUAUCAUUGCCCAAUCAUCGACAGCCUGGACACCGCUGUUAACAUUUCCGACGGUCGAGUCUCCGAGCUAUCCCAAGGGAUUUUCUUUCUGUCUUGGGUGUGCUGUUGCGCUGAUCGUUGCGACGCACGUCCUUGAUGUUUAUAUCAAACGAAAAGAAAAAUCGAAACAUGCGCAGCUCGAAAGCGGCAGCAGCCACGAUGGUAGCUAUGUUGAUGCUCCUACUAACGCUACCGGGAAGACUACGACCGCCGAAGUGACGGCAGUGGUCAACACUUCAGAAGAGUCCAUAGCACGACACUGA